GCAUAUAUCUUCAGAGAACUGGUGUUGUGCCUUGUAUUUUCUGAGCUUCUCUUUUGUGCGAGUAGUAGCCAUGUCGAAAGACAGUGUGAAGCUCUUGAACUUCUGGCCGAGUAUGUUUGGCUUGAGAGUCCACUAUGCGCUGGAUCUGAAAGGGGUGUCCUACGAUUACCAGGAGGAGAGUUUGCUCAACAAGAGCAAGGAGCUUCUCGAGGCAAAUCCAAUCUACACGAAGAUUCCGGUUCUCAUCCACAACGGCAAGCCUAUCUGCGAGUCUCUCGUCAUCGUCGACUACAUUGACAGUGUGUGGCCCGGUUCUCACAAGCUCCUCCCGGAAGAUCCAUACGAAAAGGCUGUGGCUCGCUUCUGGGCAGAUUUUGGUGACAAAAAGCUCUAUGACGCCGGGAACCGACUCAUACGAGCUAUGGGGGAGGAGCACAAGAAAGCCGGCGAGGACUUCAAGUGGGCUCUGAUGAAAAUCGAUGAAGCUCUCGGCACCAUCGCUCCAGGCAAGCCUUUCUUUGGCGGCGACGCUAUGAACUUUGCAGAUGUUGGUCUGGCUCCAUUCAUCUGCUGGUUCAAGGGCUACCAGAAAGUGGGAGGAUUCGUGCUUCCAGGCCCGGAAGAAUGGCCCAAUCUCCACAAGUGGGUAGACGCUGUAAAUUCCGUGGACGCGAUCAAGAAAUCCACUCCAAGCCCAGACAAGGUUGCUGAAUUCGCUGAGGUUAUCAGGAAGCGAGUUCUCGGGGCUGCCUAAAACACUGACGGUUUUCAAGAUACAUGCUGUUUUCGAUUCAUCAUCUCGAUGGAAAUUUCGUCGAACGGCGAUUUUUUACUACCGUCAACACAUCAACACUUGCAUUCUCUCUCUCUCUCUCUCAUUCACAAUAGUGUCCAUGUGGCAGUUUUCUAUUGGUUUAUCUUUAAAUAUACAUCCCAUUGCAAUGGGUGCCCCA